UUGAAGUUCCAUAAAGUUUUUUCGCGGUGUUUUUUAUAUUCUAAAACAUACCUAUCCUGCUUUUUAGUUUAGUCUUUAGGUUAUCAAUGUAAAAAAUAAUGUUUUUUAUCAUUUUUAUACAUUAUUUAAUACUUAAUGUAUGAAAAAUACUUGCUUUAGCUUUAGUUUUCAUAACUCAAACUCUGUACACAUUCAUUCAUAUUUUGCAUCCAACAACGAAAGGGAAGCGGAAAGUCCCUUUGCGAAUUAAGAAAAAUGCGCCCAUUGAUCCAUUUACAUCUCCAUUGUAUUUUCCUGGUGCUACUCUUGUUUAGUGAAGUGAUUUUGGGAACUUCUGUGCAAAGUCACUUUACAUCAUCUGAAGGCUACUGCCAAGACAAGAGAUCCUGUCAGAUAUUAAAUAAAAAGAAAUGCUGGGGAUAUGAGCCAGACUGUGAUACCAGUGACCGUUACUCUCACCCAACAUGCACCAAGCUUGAUAGAAGAUGGGCACAAACUCUUGAAGACCAACAGCAAAAGUUCUGGGAGCAGGGGGAUUUUGGUUACCUUAGGAAAAAGAUGGAUACAAUGAUGCAACUCUGCACUCCACAGAACCAGGGUGAUUCCUCUCUGAGUUGUACCAAAAACCUGUGGUACUGCAGAGCCACCAAUCUCUACCUGGACUUUAGAAGAUAUGAUUUCCACAGAAGACACAACAGAUAUCAUGAAGAUGUUUUCAAGGAAGGGGAAGUUGGAGGUCAUUGUAACUUCAAUAAAGAACUUCAUAAGCAGCAAGGGGAAAACAAAAGUCCACUGCAAUCAUGGUUUGCAGAGCUUCAACAUUUCACAUCAUUGCCAUAUCAUCCUAUGAAUGAUGGUGCUUGUGAUGUCGUGAUUGACAAGCCAACAAUGGUGAUCAAGUUAGAUGCAGGAGUCAACAUGUAUCACCACUUCUGUGACUUUGUAAAUCUCUACGCCUCGCAACACAUAAAUGGGAGCUUUUCAACAGAUGUAAACAUCCUAGUUUGGGACACAAGUGACAUGCACUAUGCAGACUUCUUCUCAGAAAUGUGGAUGGUAUUUUCUAAGCACCCUUUACUCCGUUUAAACAGUUUUCAAGGAAAAAGGGUAUGUUUGAAAGACGCAGUGUUUUCCCUACUUGCAAGGAUGAUCUUUGGUCUUUACUACAACAUGCCACUGGUUCCUAAUUGUCAUGGAAGUGGGCUGUUCCAUUCCUUUACUCAUCAUACACUGGAGCGCCUGGGCAUCAUUCAAGAUGAAUAUGAGGAAGAUGAAUUUAGAAUCACUUUGAUCGAGAGAAAGACUCAAUACAGAAACAUUUUGAAUCAGGACGAGCUAAUUGGUGCCAUGAAGAGUGUCCCAAAUUUUAAAGUGAAGGUGGUACAUUACAACCGUGAAAUUCCUUUCUUAGAUCAACUAAAGGUGACACAUAAUACCGACAUCAUGAUAGGCAUGCACGGGGCGGGGCUUACCCACCUCCUGUUCUUACCUGAUUGGGCGGUGAUCUUUGAAAUAUACAACACUGAGGAUCCAGAUUGUUACGGGGAUCUAGCACGACUGAGAGGGGUCACAUACAUGACUUGGGAAAAGAGAGAAAAACUCCACCAACAGGACGAGGGUCACCACCCCACUCUCGGUGCACAUGCCAAGUUCACAAACUAUGGCUUCGACGUUGAGGAGUUCAUGAGGCUUAUCUAUCAAGCAGCAGAUGCUGUCAAGGCCAAGCGCAGCCAUCACAGCGAAGACAAGCCAGACCCAUAAAUAGUUAGAAGGUACUCAGAAUCAGAGCAAUACGUGCUAACUACAGUAUAAUCUACAGUAUAAGAGAUAGUAGCCACGUACGUAGCGUCGAUUCCCUCGGGCUUUCCAAAAUACUUCACACUUGUACCAAUCGUAUAUUUUAAAACGGGUUCGGAGUUUAAAUUCAUUGUAUGGCCGCUUGAGCCUGGGGCAAGUGAAAAAAAGCACAACUGACGCGCGCGGUAUGAAAACAACCUCGAGCGGUAUGAAAGCAACCUCGUUUUCUUGAUUUUCUAGAGAUUUUGCUUAUCAGACUGUAUGAACUAUGUCAUAUGGGGGGGAUACAGAAACAUUAGGAAAAUAUUGAGGGGGGGGGCACAGCCACGCCCCUACUGGUCAUUUUCUUAUAAUUGUUGAAAAUUUUUGGGGUCACCUGCCCCAGUGCCCCACCCCCUGCUACUCUCCUGGACCAAACCAUGCUGGACCGUUCAGCAUAACAAUGAGGCGAGUAAUCCUCGCAAAAAAAAAAUGCUGAAGGUAUUUGAGUAUGGUUUUAAAGGUUUUUAAGUUUGACUUGUUUGUUUAUUUAGAUUUGGAAAUAGAUGGGUUCCCUGUUUUUCUGGACACGCCCCUAUAUGAACAAUCUGAGAGUUUGCACAGCAGCAUUCCCUUGUAAAACACGUGAUUUUAAUUGAGCUCCAAAUGGACAGACAAAAAAGUCGUGUGGAAUUUAUCAGAGAUCUCAGGAAAGUUGGUAAUACAAGGCGAGGUUAUGGAUUAUUUAAAAGUAUCAAUUCCGAAUUUAUUUUCCAGCGAAAUAAGUGCGGAAGUAAACAUAUAUAAUACAGUAUAUAAUACGUAAACUUUAUUCAAAUUAUACAUAAAAGUAUUUUAAAUACUUUAUUUAUCUGAAGGCUAAAUCUUACAUAAUAGUUAUUUUACUAUUUUACGGAAAAAAAAAACAGCUAUGAUAAUCCGACAAUGGCCUAAAUAACAUGCAAACCUAUUCCUCCAAACAAACUUAAGGGUAGUUUUCUCACAAAGAAAAAAAGAUUUCUGUACAAGUACUAUAUGCAUUUUACAAACAAAAGAUUUAUAUAUAUAGCUAUCUUCAACUGUAACUAACGUAAGUAAAGUCGAAAGAGUUUCUAAUGCACA